GGAAGCUGCAGGAUUUUGAGCUGCCAUACGUAUCUGUCACCAGUUUACGGAGCUCGGAGUUCUACAUCGCCCUUCGUAAAAGUUACUGGGACACAGCGUAUGACAGUGAUGUCAUGGACAACAGAGUGGGACUGAACCUACUGUACACUCAGACGGUGUCUGACAUAGAGAGAGGCUGGAUCCUCGUUAACAAGGACCAGCACAGGCAGCUGAAAUCACUGCAGGAGAAAGGAUCCAAGAAAGAAUUCAUUAGGCUGUGCCAGACGCUGAAGUACUUCGGCUACAUACAGUUUGACCCGUGUGUGACAGACUUCCCGGAGAAGGGCUGUCACGAUCGUCUCCGCUGGCAACAACGAACUCAACUUCCAGGUCAAGCUACCCAAUGAGCAGAUGAAAGAGGGAAGCUUCAAGGUCACGCGCAUGAGGUGCUGGAGGGUUACUUCCUCUCAGGUCCCGGUAGCCAACGGAACAUCCUCCACCUCCCCCUGCUCCUCAGCCAAGUGUGAGGUGAAGUUGGAGCUGGCCUUCGAGUACCUGAUGAGCAAAGACCGCCUCCAGUGGGUCACCAUCACCAGCCC